CUGAAGGACUCUGAAAUGGCUGACAAUAUGCGCCAUGUUCCAAGAAAUUCAAUGAUGUAUGGUGGAUGGAACUGGACUCGCAUCCUCUUCAAAUCAAACGGAUGAUCUCGAAGAUGUAAAGGGCAUUUUUACUCAACUUAAAAUAAGCCUGUCAGAGCCUGAUCCGGCGGCUUCAAAUGUUUUCACCUUCAGUGAGGUUAACUGCUGGCGACCAGCAAGCAGCAGGAAGUUAGUCUGCUGCAACUUCUCUUCCGAUGGCAAGAUCUUGGCAAGUGCUGGACAUGAAAACAAGGCUGUAGUUUGGAACAUGGACACUUUCCAGACACAUCAUUUACCAGAAGAGAAUGCUUACCUUAUCACUGAUGUCUGUUUCAGACCUACCUCUACACAGAUGGAAACAUCUGCUUUUGACAAAACAAUUAAGCUAUGGAAUGCUACAGAUACUCGAUUCUCUCAUCAUACAUUCUCUGGGCAUAAAUAUCCAAUUGUGUCACUAGAUUUUCAUCCAAAGAAGACAGACCUUUUGUGUUCUUGUGAUAGGAAUGGUGAAAUCCGGUACUGGAACGUGACUCAGCUUACCUAUCUGGGUGCCAUGAAGGACGGUCCUCUCGUUCGUUUCCAACCUAGCACUGGACAAUUACUCGCAGCUACUACAGGAAAUGUUGUCUCUAUAUUUGACGUUGACACACAUACCAAAAAGUACACCUUGCAGGGCCAUAACAUAAGCAUGCAGUGGUUGUGCUGGGAUAACAGUGGGGAGUACCUGGCAUAUGUCAGUGAGGAUCAAGUUAAGGUUUGGUCAGUAUCAUCAGGAGAGUGCAUUCAUGAGGUCAGCUCAAAUGGAAAUGCGUUCUAUUCUUGUGUGUUCCAUCCAAGUUAUACCAACCUCUUGGUGAUUGGAGGCUACCAGUCUUUGGAGCUAUGGGACAUGGUAAACAACCAAAUUAUGACGGUACAAGCUCACGAAGGUAUAAUUGUCGCGUCGGCACAAUCACCGGUAACCGGGAUGGUGGCUUCCGCGAGCCACGACAAAUCUGUCAAGCUGUGGAAGUAAGAAU